GAUCGAUCUGGCGGAGCGCUAGAUACACACUCGGUCUUCUGGCGGACGCACGCGCGCAGGCGCACCAGGUCGUGACGGUACUCGGUGGUGUCGGCGUGUGGUUUUUGCUGUACUUGUUAGGCGUAAUUUCCACCUGACGUCCCAGACCUAGACACCGGCAUCAGGUGUCCUCUUCUGCCCGGGGCACAGAUGUUGCCCUCAUCUCCUAAGGCUGGCCUGUAUCAGAGUUGAUGGAUCUCUCAGGAAGUUUCUGGAAUGAAAGAUAAAGUUAUUUGCAACUUUUAUCUUCCUGGGCAAGUGUCUCCUGAAAUAGAGUUCAGGUGAUGAAGACAUGGGAAUAAUAAAGUUACGCAAACAAGAACAGCACGCUUUGGAGCUGGAAGACCCAGGGGAAGGCGAAGGCUCAGGUGCCCACAUGAUCAGCACAGCCAGGGUACCUGCGGAUAAGCCAGUUCGCAUCGCCUUUAGCCUCAAUGACGCCUCAGAUGAUACACCUCCUGAAGACUCCAUUCCUCUGGUCUUUCCAGAAUUAGAACAACAACUACAGCCUCUGCCACCUUGUCAUGACUCCGCGGAAUCCAUGCAGGUGUUCAAACAGCACUGCCAAAUAGCAGAAGAAUACCAUGAGGUCAAAAGAGAAAUUGCCCUGCUUGAAGAAAGGAAAAAGGAGCUCAUUGCCAAGCUGGACCAGGCAGAAAAGGAGAAGGUGGAUGCAGCUCAGCUGGUUCGGGAAUUCGAGGCUCUGACGGAGGAAAACCGUACCUUGAAGUUGGCGCAGUCACAAUGUGUGGAACAACUAGAAAAACUGAGAAUACAGUAUCAGAAGAGGCAGGGCUCGUCCUAACCUGAAGUUGUUCAAUGUGAGCAUGAGAGGUUGGUGGCUGCACACACUGGCCAAAAGAUUUUUAUUCUAAAGGGAUAGUGAAUAAAGCCUAUUGCUUCUCUUUAUUAUGCACACAGCACAUGUCUAGAAUGAGUUUAGUACUUGCCAGCUUUGAGUCUGCGAGAAGGGUUAUUUUCAGUGAGAUUAUUAAUGCUGAGCUAUUACCAAUAUGUUUUCAGAGUUCAUUAUUCUUUUCCAAAGAUACGUAUUUGUUUUUACUUAGGAAAAUAUGAUCAUACUGUCCAUCAGGGUAGAAAAUGAUAAAAAUAGUCUAUUGACUGAUCCUGUUAAGAAUCAUGAGCUGUGAAACACACUAGGAAGAUGCUCUCUGUAGUUCCCCAUCUGUGUAUUUUUAAAUUUCAUGCCUUUAACAUUUCAAAUCUGCCCAAAUCUUAACUGUCAGAAACUUCUCUGCAUCUAUUUAUUAUCACCAGAGUCAGCUUUAAUCCUUCAAUGAUUGAUUGUACUAAGAAUAAAUGGUUGCAUAUCGUAAAAGCUUUCUUAUGAAAAUAGAACAGAAGCCGUGUUUGUGCCAAAAGCUCAUCUGCCAGUGCUAACUUGUUAUGGCAGUGCAGAAACAGAGAAGGCUGCCUCUGCUUCCCACUGUGUCAGCUCACAGUGAGCACCUCUCCUCUGCUUGCAUGUGCUCUGGGGCAUGGCAGAAAUGGAAAAGGAUUGUUUGGACUUUACUCCGGUGAGUUCCCAUGAAAACAUCAGUGACAUUGUAACUAUGACUUCGUUUUGAACUUAAGGAGCUAUUUUAGAUCAGUAAUAACUAAAAGGAACAUGUGAGGAAAUGCAGGAUGAACAUGUUUUUCCUCCUUGUUCUACCUGUCACCAUAUUUUCCCAAAUCGAUCUCUUUGUUCUUUGUCCAUUUCUAUUCAUGUAACUUCUUUUUCAUUAAA